GGAGGGAGAGAGAGAGAGAGAGAGAGAGAGAGAGAGCAGCUCGCCGGCCCAUUGAGGAAAGAUGGCUACAGUCACUGCAAACGGAGUGCAGCAAGAGAAUGGAUUCAGCACCACGAACAGCGCCGGCAGGAUGAACGGGCUUACCAUCGGCCAGAACACCAUUCCAAUGAAGGACCACGACGCCAUCAAGCUUUUCAUCGGGCAGAUUCCCAGAAACCUGGAGGAAAAAGACCUGAAACCCCUGUUUGAGGAAUUCGGAAAGAUAUACGAACUCACUGUACUGAAAGACAGGUUUACGGGAAUGCAUAAAGGAUGUGCCUUUCUAACAUACUGUGCCAGAGAGUCAGCACUGAAGGCCCAGAGCGCCCUCCAUGAACAGAAGACUCUGCCAGGGAUGAACCGGCCCAUCCAGGUGAAGCCAGCCGACAGCGAAGGACGAGGAGAAGACAGGAAGCUGUUUGUGGGAAUGCUCGGCAAGCAGCAGAGCGAGGAUGACGUCCGGCGGCUCUUCGAGACCUUCGGCCAGAUCGAGGAGUGCACCGUCCUGCGAGGGCCUGAUGGGGCCAGUAAGGGCUGCGCCUUUGUCAAGUUCUCCAGCCACGCAGAAGCGCAGGCCGCCAUAAACAGCUUGCAUGGUGGACAGACUAUGCCUGGUGCCUCGUCCAGUCUGGUGGUCAAAUUUGCAGACACUGAUAAGGAGAGGACCCUGCGCAGGAUGCACCAGAUGGCGGGCCAGCUCGGCAUCUUCAGUCCCAUGACCAUCCAGUUUGGGGCCUAUGGCGCCUACUCUCAUGCUGUAAGUCUCAGCCCGGCGGGGGAGGAGACGCAGAUGAUGCAACAGCAAGCAGCCCUGAUGGCAGCAACACAAGGGUCCUACCUGAACCCCAUGGCAGCCAUCGCUGCCGCGCAAAUGCAGCAAAUGGCAGCUUUCAAUGUCAACAGCCUGGUGGCUACUCCCAUGACACCGUCCUCAGGCACCAGCACACCCCCGGGCAUCUCUGCCACAGCCGUGCCCAGCAUAGCCACCCCUAUCGGGGUCAACGGAUUCAGUGCCCUCCCGCCUCAAAGCAAUGGGCAGCCCACCUCUGAGCCCAUCUACACCAAUGGUAUUCACCCUUACCCAGCACAGAGUCCAACGGUGACCGACCCUCUCCAACAGGCUUAUGCUGGCGUCCAACACUACGCAGCAGCCUACCCUGCCGCCUAUGCGCCAAUCAGCCAAGCGUUCCCCCAGCAACCAACCAUCAUUCCCCAGCAACAGAGGGAAGGGCCAGAAGGUUGCAACCUGUUUAUUUAUCACCUGCCCCAGGAGUUCGGAGAUGCGGAGCUCAUGCAAAUGUUCCUGCCUUUUGGCAACGUCAUCUCCGCCAAAGUCUUUGUGGACCGGGCGACCAAUCAGAGCAAAUGUUUUGGCUUUGUGAGUUUUGAUAACCCGUCCAGUGCUCAAGCCGCUAUCCAGGCCAUGAACGGCUUUCAGAUAGGCAUGAAGAGGCUGAAGGUGCAGCUAAAGCGGCCAAAGGAUGCCAACCGACCUUACUGACUCGUCUGCUGUCCAUACCCAGGAUGAAGGGCCACAACACCUUAUUUCCACAAGUGCAGUAAAAGUACAAAGACUUCUUGCUCUGCUACAUAUCAUGAAGGAAGGGUGGUCCCUUGAUCCUGCUGGAAACCUGCUGAAAAGAUUGGGUGACUGAGAGCGGAAUCCCAGAGUUGUUUUCUUUUUUUGUUUGUUUGUUUGUUUUCCUUCUUCGCAAAUGCCUCUUUUUUCCCUGUUUUGCUUUGGCAUCUGUGGGAGAAAAUUUUUUGCAGAGACCAACUUUUUGCUGCUGUUUUUUAGACAUGAUGGGGAAAAAAAAAACCUUUAUAGACUCAUUAUGCUCAAAGCAUGCAUACUGACACAGGAUAUGGAUAAACACACAUAAACACAGAUAACAAACCAAACAUACACAUUUAAAGAUGCUACACUGAAAAAAAUCUAAAACGAAAAGAAAAAAAAAAUCUACUUUGUACAUGUAUAAAUACGUGCAAAUGCCAACUCAAGUACUGACGCAAACACAUGUGUGUGCACGCACACACACACAUACACACAUACACACAAACACACACACCAGCCUGCUGCCAUUUUGGUUUUUGUGCCUACACAGGUGUUGUGCUCUGUGACAGGGCAAGCUCUGGAUCAAAGAAGAAAACGAGAAGAAGAUGAAGAAGAGGACGAAGAAGAAGAAGAGGCGAGAAGAGGAGAAUCCAGGAUAAUUUACAUGCAUCAUUCCUUAGGAAAUAGGGACCAAAGGACUAAACGCUUUUUAAAAGAAUAUAAAUAUAUAAAUAUAUAAAUAUAUAUUUAAAAACUCAUACCUUGUAGCUGCAAGUAUUACAAUUUACUCGUAGUCAAAAAAAUCAUUAAAUCAAUAUCCAGUGGCCUAUUGUAAGUACAAAUAAAAGAAAAUGGAAAUAAUGUAUAAAAAAAGACAUGGAAUCGUAGUAUAGGGGCUGAUCUUUUGCUCUGGAUGCUGAUUUAGCACCAGGUUGUAGAAUAGUAAAGUAGAUUAGAAAAAAAAUGUAGAUUUGCUAACUUUUGCUGUUGUUUAAAAAAAUACUUGAAGUCGUAAAGAAAAGGGGGCAAAAGGGGGGAGACGAGGAAAACAUUCAUCUGCCCCUGUACGCAACGAUUCUGUUUUUUCUUGGAUGUUAAGGUAUCAGCCACUGGAUAUCUCGCUCAUCAUGAUGUAUAAGUCACCGCACUCUCUGACAGCUAUGAACAGACUGUUCUGGAAGAAAAAAAAAGAAUGACAAGAGAGAAAAAAAAAGACAGAACUUAAAAUGUCUGUGCUGGACAGGGUGCAGACGUUUAAGGCUUCUCACUGGCCUUUAUGUUCAAGCGACAAUCCACUGUAAAGACCAAGCAAAAUGGACAUGGGGUGUCUUUUGUUUGUUUGUUUUUUUCUUUCUUUCUUUUUUUUCUUGACCUUUUGUAUUGCAACAAGGAGUGUGAAUUAUGAAGCCACAAAUUGUUUAAGGGUGACGGUUCUACUAUAAGAGAGAUGGACAAAUGGAUGGUCAUGAGGGCAACAGCGAGGGAGGAGUGAGGUGACAGCUACUGAAACUGCCAGCAGAAUGAACUCAUACAAAUGAAAUGGCCCUUAUGGCGUUACGGAAUUCUGUCAAAAAACAAAGUACGCCUGCUGUAAACAAACAGGACUUAAGUGAGUGACAUGCCAAGGAUAUGUGUGUCCACUGGAGCUGCUGCAAAACUCCAGAUUGAGAAAAAAUGCCUCUUGUCUCCUGGCAGGUACAAAGACACAUUUCUCUGAAGACAAACCUGAUUUACUGUAUUGAUGGCAAAGGAGUGCAGGCUUUUAGAGCUCAUUUAGCUCUGUCAAAUAUAAUGUAAAUUCCACUAUUAA